AUGGUUGCCCUCUUACCUCCCGCUCCGCCCGCUCAGAGCCCGCUGGCUCGGUACCGUUUACUGUCCCCAAACGCAUCCGUCUACGUUAGCCCUCUAUGCCUUGGUGCCAUGAACUUUGGCGAUGCGUGGAAAGAUUUCAUGGGAGAGUGUGACGAGAAGACCACGGAGGAGAUCCUCGACUACUUCUUCGACCAGGGCGGCAACUUCAUCGACACGUCCAACAACUACCAGUUCGAGGAGUCUGAGACGCGGAUCGGGGCGUGGAUGAAGAAGCGCAACAACCGCGACCAGAUCGUGCUGGCCACCAAGUUCACCACCAACUACCAGGCCGUCGACGGCCAGCCGCCCAAGAAGCACAUCCUCGCCAACUACCACGGCAACGGCUCCAAGAGCCUGCACUGCUCGGUCGAGGCCAGUCUGAAGAAGCUGCAGACCGAUUACAUCGACCUGCUCUACGUACACUGGUGGGACUUCUCCACCUCCAUCCCCGAACUCAUGCAAUCCCUCAACCACCUCGUGGCCUCGGGCAAGGUGCUCUACCUCGGCGUGUCGGACACGCCCGCGUGGGUGGUGAGCCGGGCGAACGAAUACGCGCGCAGCCACGGGCUGCGGCCCUUCAGCGUGUACCAAGGGCUCUGGUCGGCGGCCGUGCGCGACUUCGAGCGCGACAUCAUCCCCAUGUGCCGCGCCGAGGGCAUGGCCCUGGCCCCCUGGGGCGCCUUGGGCGGGGGGAAGUUCAAGACGGACGCCCAGCGAGCGACGGCCAAGAGGGAGGGCCGCGCCGUGCAGGCGAGCGAGGCCGAGGUCAGGGUUAGCCGGGCGCUGGAGGCCGUCGCGAAGCGCAAGGAUACGCUGGUCACGAGCGUUGCGCUGGCGUAUGUGAGGGCCAAGGCGCCGUAUGUGUUUCCCAUUGUUGGGGGGCGCACGGUCGAGCAUCUCCGGGGGAACAUUGAGGCGCUGAAGGUCACGCUUGGUGAGGAGGAUAUCCAGGAGAUUGAGGGCGCCGUCCCGUUUGAUCUGGGUUUCCCCAUGAGUUUCUUGUAUCGGGGAGGCAAGCUGCCGGAGACGCCCGGUGCGGUGAUGCCCAUGGCCAUGGGCGGCACCGUCGACUAUGUCCCGGAGCCGAAGCCGCUCGCGAGGGAGUGA